UUUCUAAAUAUUGUUGUGUACUCCACAGUGAGUUUCCUGGCCAAGGCGGUGGAUAUCUCUGAUAAAACCAUCUUGUUUCAAAUCUGGGACACAGCGGGCCAGGAGCGGUUCCACAGCUUGAUCCCCAUGUAUCUGAGAGACGCCAGGGCAGCCAUUGUCCUCUACGACAUUACCAACGAAAAUUCGUUCCAAAAUGUAAAAGAUGUUUGGAUAACCAAACUCCAGAAAGACGGACCAGAAAAUCUACAAGUCGCCAUUGUGGGCAGUAAGUUAGAUUUGACGCAUCUUCGUCAAGUUGAUAAACAGAGAGCUGAGCAUCUCGCGCAGAAGUACUGCUGUCUGUUCACAGAAAUUUCCGCCAAAACUGGAGCUAACGUCGACAAACUGUUGUAUGAUAUCGCGAAUUCUCUCAGUGAUACGGCGACCCGAUCUCACGAAGUCCUCCGAUCUUCAACGAUUCAUCUCGACGACUCCGACAAUGAGGACAAGCAGGUCAAGGAGCGCAAGAAAUGCUGUGCAUUAUUUUGACAGCAUUAAAGAGGGAUUCUCACAGUAGAUGACUUGCUAAAUGCGCCAACAAAAUAGACUACAGGAGCUGAUCAAGGAAAUAUUUUUUCGGAGUGAACUAAGAAAAAUGGACCAACCUGUGUAAAGCGCAAAACAAUGAAAUUUUAAGGAGAAGAAAAAAAAGGUCACUUGAGUGUAUUUAGGAGGGUCGGGUCUCCUGCGCUUUCGGACUAGGAUCGAUCCCCGUUGGUGUGCCUAUUGGGCUAUUUCUCGUGUGGGUCUUAACCAUAUGUCUGAUGUCAUAUAACCGUAAAUAAAAUGUGUUGAGGGCGUCGUUAAAUAAAA